CCGCACAGGACACCCCAUCCCCUGUCCCCAUCCGCAACAACAACAAUACGGAACCCCCUCCCCCCCGUCCUUCAAACUCCCUCAGGCCUCGCCCUCCUCGAGCUGCAGGGGACCAUCAACCUGCCCCCAUUCCCACCAGACGCCCCACCAGCGCACGCCAUCCCCAUCGGAAGGCUCCAUUUUCCAGAGUAUCGCGCCGACAAGGACGACGACGACACGGCGUGGAUGAAGAGGGUGUGGAUGUACGUCGGCGAGCAUCAGAGGUUGCAGGGGGAGGUGAGGAAGCUUCGCAGGGCGAUCGCUGUGCUCAGGAGGAGGGGAAGGGGUAGGAAGGGUGCUGCUGAGGAGGGGCGAGAAGAGGACGGGGAGGAGGAGGAGCUGGAGGUGGUGGAGAUUGUCAGGUACAAGAUUGUGUUUUCGUCUAGGCCGGAGCCGGUUGGGAGU